AUGGCAUAUGAUCCUAGCCAAAUGAUGUUCACCAACAAGUUCAAGACUCCAGCUUCUGCAUUGAGAUUUUUGUUACUCUCUGCACUAUAUUUUCUUCUGAUUCAUGCUGCAAAUGGAAAAGUUCACCAUCACAAGUUUGUGAUAAGAUCAGCACCUUUCACAAGACUAUGUAGUAGCAAGAACAUUUUGACUGUAAAUGGACAAUUUCCUGGUCCAACAUUGAAAGCUCAUAGAGGAGACACACUUGUAGUCAAGGUUUAUAACCAGGCAAAUUAUAACUUAACAAUACAUUGGCAUGGAUCAAAUCAAGUGAGGAAUCCAUGGUCAGAUGGACCUGGAUACAUAACACAGUGCCCAAUUAAACCAGGAAAUAUGUUCAAACAAAUUAUAAAUUUGUCAACAGAAGAAGGAACAAUAUGGUGGCAUGCACAUCAAGGUUGGGCAAGAGCCACAGUUCAUGGAGCUUUCAUCAUUUAUCCUAAACGUGGACAUACUUAUCCCUUUCCUAAACCUCAUGCCGAGGUUCCAAUUAUACUAGGAGAGUGGUGGAAGGAAGAUGUUAUGGAAGUUCCAAAUGUAGCAAACAUAACCGGACGACAACCAAAUACAUCAGAUGCAUAUACAAUAAAUGGUCAACCUGGUUAUCUAUACCCGUAUACUUUCAAGAUGAAUGUGGACUAUGGAAAAACAUAUCUUCUUAGAAUAAUCAAUGCAGUAAUGGAAGAAGAAAUUUUCUUUGCAAUUGCAAAUCACAAAUUAACAUUAGUUGGUAAAGAUGGAUUAUACUUAAAACCAAUAAAAACAGAUUACAUAAUGAUCACACCUGGCCAAUCUAUGGACAUUUUAUUGGAAGCAAAUCAACGAUCUCUUGGUCACUAUUUCAUGGCUGCAAGACCAUAUUUUAGUGUUGAUGGUGCUAGAUUUGAUAACACAACUACAACAGCAUUACUUGUAUAUAAUAACUCUCACAAACAUCACAAAAAAAGUCCAAUUCUUCCUAAUCUUCCUCCUUACAACAACACACAAGCUUCAACUAUCUUCACAAAGAAAUUUAGAAGCCUUGCAACAAAAACUCAUCCAAUAAAUGUCCCUAAAAAAGUGGACACACAUUUAUUGUUCACUUUUUCGGUUAAUUUGCUCAACUGUACCCACGAUAAACCCUGUAAUGGUCCGUUCGGAAUGAGGUUUUCGGCUAGUGUGAACAACGUUAGUCUUGUGCAUCCGGCCAAUAUCGAUUUUUUAAGUGCUUAUUACUAUAAAGUCCCUGGUGUGUUUGAAAUGGAUUUUCCAAAAAAGCCAAAAAGGGAAUUCAACUAUACAGCUGAUGAAUUACCGGAAUAUGUUUUGGGUACAUCACCUGGUACUAAAGUGUUGGUUUUGGAGUAUGAUGCCAGUGUUGAGCUUAUAUUGCAAGGGACUAAUGUGUUAGCAAGUGAUAAUCAUCCAAUUCAUUUGCAUGGAUAUACUUUCUAUGUUGUUGGUUCAGGUUUUGGGAAUUUUGAUCCAAAACAAGAUCCCAAAAAUUAUAAUCUUAUUGAUCCACCACAAGAAACAACAGUUGGAUUACCAAAGAAUGGUUGGGUUGCUAUCAGAUUCAAGGCUAAUAAUCCAGGUAUGUGGUUGCUGCAUUGUCACAUAGAGAGGCAUGCUAGUUGGGGGAUGAAUAUGGUGUUUCUAGUGAAAGAUGGUCCUACUCCUCAAACACAAAUGAUUCCACCUCCUAAGGAUUUACCUAAAUGUUAA